GUUAACGAGAAGGAUGUGCGACCGCCUGCGGAUGUAUUUGUAGAUGAGGGUGUUUGUAUAUAGUCUGUGUGGGUGGGUGUGGGUGUGUAUGUGAUCUGGUGGGUGUUUCAUAAAGCUUUUAGUGAAGUUACGCACGUCUUUACUCACAACUGGAACAUGAUCUUAGGCUCAGUUACAAAUGGAUACAAAUUGCAGAAGAAAGGAUCACCAGUCGUAAAGUCAUUAAUUCGUAUCUAACGAACAGCUUGAUAAAAUGGUAGGUGCGUGCAUGCCUGGUCGCGAGGGUGAGUGUGUGUAUGUGUAUGAAAGAAGGUUUUGUGAUGUGUUCUGUUUGUUUGUGAUGCAGUGAGUGUUCGCGAACAAUCUUGCUCCUGUGCGUGAGAGGGUGGGCAGGUGUGCGUGUGUUUGAAGAAUGAAUAAAGUGGGGAUGCCGAAGGACGUCCUUGCAAAAUUAAUUAGGAUUGUGACAUAAAAUUUUACUGAAUUUUAAGGACUGUUACUACAGAGGAAACUAAUUGGAAACAUGUUCACAAAAUGUGUCAUCUGUAUGAUCGGAUGCUGUCUACUGUACACGUCGUCAGGAAAUGAAAUAGUUCUCCAGGAAUCUACUGAUGAUGUAACAAUAACGCCUAUUAACUUUCCAAACGACAGAACUUCAUCAGCAAUCACUGUUAAGGCACCAUCGAACUACAGAGUUCUUUUGAAGUUUCUUCUGGUCCGUCUGCAAAAAGGAGAAAAGCUUACCUUUUGUAAUCUGUUCGGAGACAUGUACAUCUCCGAGCGCCUCCUCACUCUAUCCAGGAGGAUCAGCCCCCCACCUCCUAACCUAAUAUCACCUGGAGAAAAACUUCUCAUCACAUUUUCCCGUGGAUCCCUCCAGAUCGAUAAUGGCUCGUUUAUUCUGAACGCGACUUUGGUGGACAAGAAAGCUAUUGUCACACAGCUCGGCCCUGAAGAGACGUACAACCUGACAUCACCAUCCUACCCGAACAACUACCCCCGUCUUGCCUUCUCCUUCCAAACCAUAUAUGCGCCAAUCGGUUGUAGGUUGACAUACAGAGUAUUAGAUUAUGUCGUCGCACCAGAGGACACGAUGUGCAUCAGCGAGAAGCAGAUAGCUUUGAAUACCGAAGGUUGUGACGUCAUAAGUCGUGGGGCAGAAAGAACGGUGUCAGGAAACAUAGCAUCUAUCUGGUUCAGCUCUGGUUUACAGCAGACAUGGAAGAAGGGCUUUGUUGUUUCGUUCACUUCUGUGGGAGAGACAGAUGACACACCCUGUAUCAAGCAUGACCGGAGUCUUUCACCAGCACCACCUAACCAGAGAUCAAAUACAGCUAGCAAACAAACCAGGGAAAGACGAGCAGCGAUCUACGAAACCACACCUCGAAAUGAAAACAGAACUACACAAACGACAACACCGCCAUGGUAUCAAUAUUCCAUCUUGCACCUAGGUGGUGUCCUCCUUGCAGUUGCGAUCAUCGCUGUAUUUUUCAAUCAACUCUUGAGGUGUACUAUGGAUCAAUGCUGUAAGACGCAGAUCGCUACCAUGCCAGACGCAUCCAUUCAAGAAAAGAGUCCCACCAGAAAGUCAGGAUGGCGUCCAUCAUUAACGAGUCGCAGUUCGAAGUACGUUGUGAACCAGGUGGGAAGCGGCAGCAAAGACAAGUUGGACGGAUCUGGAAAAAGUGAUAGCGGUUUUGGACGUACGGACGAUGAUGCGGACUACAUUACGAUGAGGAAAGUGAAUACUAUAUCAAGGGUCCCUCCUCAAAGGAGUCCACAGUCCGAUAUCAAUCAAUCAAAGGGGUGGACCAUACCCGGAUUAAGCAGACAUGGAGUAGACAGAGGAUUAGUGAGGUUGAGGGAUGGCUCUGAGGUUGCCAGCCCCUCUGAUGGCGCUCAUCAACACUCCCAGGAUUUCAUCCCACCACGAGUAUACAAGAAGUAUAAACCUUCACAGGUUAGGAAAUCACAGCGAUCUCUCUUGGAUGGUGAUACUUACAUCGUGGGGCAAUCCUUUGAUCCUGGCAGUCCAGGAUCUUAUGUAGAUCCUACUCCAAUUGUUUUCCAGCAUCCAUCAGCUUCACAGGUUAAACUAAGGGACAAGCCCGUCAGCCGGAAGGCUUCAUUAAACAGAAGAGCAAGUGUUUCCAUGUUUAACCUCACCGAUAAUGACCUAGGCUUCGAGGUUGGCUUCCAUCCACCAUGUCCACAGAUGCCUCCUGAGUUUCAACAAGUAGUGGAGCCAGAGAGCUACAGUCCAAGGACGGAUCCUCCGCCCGUUAACCACAGGGAACACUCCAGAAGUUCAUCCACCGACUCUUUACCAUUAGAUUGCAAUGAUAGAGGUCGGUGCUACUCACCAAUUGAACAGGAGGAUCGCUAUUCUACAGCGUUGGCCAAGUUUGAUGUCUUGUGCAACAGUUUCGAAACAAACGCAAAUCGACAAAGCCCAAAUGUGGUCGAAUAUGUCAAUCUUCCACCCACGAACCGGAAGUGCUAUGCUGCCACUAAGAGGCCUGUAAUAUCGAACCCAGGGUACUUGAAACCUUCGAAGGUUGUUCGAGCUCUCUCUACUUCCGCUUACGACCUUGCAGUUUCAUCCAGUUCUACUAACAUAAGUGAUGCUUCGAAAACUCAAACUAUGCGCAGUCCAAUCUUUUCAAACAACACCCCAAGGGCGCCAACCAAAUCCAACCUGUUGCACCCGCGUCUGAGAAACUCGAUCGAGGUUAGGGUAAAUGCACCUACAGACGAUCAGGGCAGAAGCAGCAGUGACCGUGCUGGAUCUGCAUACAGGAGCUACUGUGAAAUCGAUGACAUUGAUCCAGGCACUGGGAUGGAGUCUGCAGGAAGUCAAAUUGAUCAUCAAGGAUAUAAUCUCACACAGAUUCGACUUCAUAGUAAAUAGGAUUUAUCAGGAAUUGAAACAAAAUUUAUAUUGAAAUACCAUUAAUUUUAUUUAUUUGGAAGAAUGGUACUAUUUCCUAAUAGGAUAAACUUAUUUAUAGUAAGUAAAACUAAAAAUACGAUCUAUAAAUUAAGGUACCUGUAUUUUCAACACCAUUUCCUUUCGCUCUGUAGGCCCUGCUUGGUAGGUGAUUCAUCAGUUUUUCACAAAAAAUAAUUACCACCCCAUACAGGAUGCAGGCUUCAAAAUUAACAUUUGGAAAAAAUUAUUUCAAUUCUUAUAUUUUUCUUGCGUAUUUCAUAUAUUAAAAUUAUUUCAAGACUACCUCUCUGAGUUAUUUAACUGAAGAGUCUUACAUUUGUCUAACCUUUUUAAGUCAUUGCCGGUGAUUUGUUUUAUGUGAGAACAUUAAUAGUUUGAACGUCACGUAAUCUCAACUGUUUAUCUCAAUUGUAAUAGCAACAGCUAGGGAAAACAUUGAUCUUAUUUAUUAUAGAAUUUCUUAUAGCUUUUUGUAGAUACAUUAUGGGAAGUGUUUCAUUUUUUUUACAUAUAAAAAACAGCCAGAGGCGACUGCUAUACUUAUACUGAAAUAUGAUUUCCCAUGGGCAUGGCAUAUUUGUCAUAGACUUCUAUGUAACAUUUUGUUAGACCUAUUGGUUACAAGGAUUGUAAAGCCGGCCUGGGCAAUUACUAUAAAUAUUACAUAUAAAAUACGGGAGUUAUUAGCUUCUUGAUAAACAUAACAUGGUGCUGAAUACGUGUACAGUUUCAAAGAAUUCUCUUUCUAAUUUUUAAUUUAUCAAUUACGUUUUAACCGCAUGUGUUACUACUUAUCUUAAUCUUGAUGAACUCGCUGUGUUCGAAACAAAGCGAAUAUUAAACUUCUCUACGAAAAUUGAAUAUGAUAACUUGAUAAGGUAUUAUUUUUCACGAUUUAAAGGAGAAUCUUGUUGUGUAAGCUGCACCUAUAUGUAGGUCAGUCUGAUGUAGAUACAGCUUCGAAUGUAUAUUAAUCAAUGGAUUGUGUUUUAAAAAAACGUUUUCUUGUAUCAUCACACUCAUCACACUAAGCAUUCGAAUGUCAUCAAUCACAAAACAGUAAUGCCUCAGUAGCAGAGAAGAAUAUUUCUUUACUCUUGUGUAAUUUCAAGAUAAUGGAUGGCAAUUUGGCAACUUGAAGAGAUUUAUAUAAUCCUUUUUAUUUUUUUCGCUUUGUAACACAUUCAUGCAGAUUAUGUUUUGGACACCAAAUUCAACCUGAAUUAUCGGUGCAUGCUGGGGAGAUCGGAACAAAACAUUGAUUGAAACAUACGGGACUUAAUUCGUGUUCACGCAAAUAAAAAAAGACUCUGACAUGUGUAUGUAUAUAAAGUUACACGUGUAGUAUGUGUAUAAACAAUACAAUUCAAACUGAAAUUAUCACAAAAAGAUACAAAACAAGAUGAUAUCUGCCAUACAGUAUGUUCACAUUGUGGACUAUUUGCAGAUGUGGUUCACACAAACAGCACUGAAAGUAAUUUCACUCUGUGGAUACCUCGACAGUGCGAGUGUUUACCAGUGGCGUACAGAUGAGGAGGGGGGUUGUGGCGCUUUCCCUCCAAAAUUUUCAAGAGCAAGAGAAAAAAAAUAGAAAAGAAAAGAAAGAGAGAAGGGUAAAAUAUAAUAUUAUUUUCUGAAUGUUACGUCAAAAUCUAUCACAAAAUUGGAUUUUUGUAAUAAAAAUGUUGAAAUUUUCGCUCGCUCGCAACUUUUUUUUUAACAAGUUUUGCCCGCUACGCCAUAUUUGUCCCCUUCAAAUUUUGUUUGGCUCAUUACGUCAAUGGUGUUUACAAUGUACUGAGCGAAAUAUGUGAAAAUGUGAUUUCACAUUGUGUUCCACACUGAAGGACAUUGUGUCCUUCGAGUAUGGAACAGUGGCAGACAAACAUGUAACCUAUGUAAGCGACGUUAAUGUUGGUGUGUUUUACCAGUGCACUGUUCCUUCACUUUGGUGUAGACAAAAAAUAUACUAAUAUACAUUCGAGGAAUAAAAAGGUUUGUCAACAUUGCAUUAAAGAAAUUACCAUGUCGUGAUACUUUGGAUGUUGUCUCGUAGGACCUUGCAAUGUCAUUUUGCACUACCCAUUCCGAGACCUUUCCUUUACAGUAGAUAUAAUUAUUUUGCCUAUUUUCCAGGGCUGUCACGCUUUCAAGCUCUGCUUUUGUGACAACCCUUGCAUACUGCUAUCUUAAAUUGUAUACGUAUUUAUGAUAUAUGAUGAUUAAUAUGCAAAAAUAUGUGUUCAUUAUCUUUAUGUCAAAUUUUAUGCUGCUAAAACCAAUAAAUUAAAUGAAAUAUCCUUUUAUUUUUGUAACGCAAGUUACCGAAAUUUAACUUGUCAAGAAUUUUAAACCAAGUUUGAUCAAUGAUUUUAAUUCUUAUUUUGAUCAGUCUAUGUCUACUUUACAUUUGAUGCAAAUAGUAAAUCAUAGCUCACAACAAUUUGAAAGAUUACAUUCUUAAAUCCCUAUUAGUAACGCGUAUUAUAAAGGAAAAGUGCACAUAAUAGAUCAAAUUGCAUUACCAUAGAUGGUCUUCUUUUUGUAAAAAAUAGAUUACAAACUUUGUAGUAUAAUGCAUCCUUGUUUUUAUUGUAAUGUCUCCAACAGCUGGUAUUGAAUUGAAUACAUUUGUAUAUUGAAAUUACAGAUAUUAUAUUAUUAUUAUGGGUUUAUAUUUUAAGUACUAAUUAUGUGUAUAUGUGAUGAUUCUGAAGAUCAAAUCAUAUUCCAUUUUUGUAUUGAUAAAUCUUAAAAUAAAUAUUGAGCUCCCAUGAAGUGUAAAUAUUGCUUGGAGAAAUCUCUUUACUUUGAAAAUAUUAUUUUUGUUUUGUAACUUUGAAUUAAAAAUACAAACUUUUGAAAUUUA